AUGUCUACGGACGUCUUUAAGCAAACACAAACUUGUGGCGGCAACGGCGAUGUUGACGAGGACUCACAGAUGGGUAGAUUGGAGUGCUUCGAGACCCUGUCCAGCGGAACGGACUCAAACGCAACAGACGAGAGAAACAAAAUUCCUUCCUACCCUUUGUCUUUCAACUCAGUAGAUGGUGUUGUGAGCCGGUCUCCUUCCGGUCAUUCAGAUGGCGCUGUACAGCCGAUCCACGGCGAUGGCGACGACACUGGCAACACUAAGCGCUCGCCAAGCGCAUCGCUGAAACGCGCCUUCCCCAGCCCGGACAAGGGUCCCGAAGUAAAGACAAAAAGGCGUAAUGACUUGUCUUCCUCACCGGGAGGGAAGCAAAGUAGUAGUAGCUCUACUCCAAGGCCUUCCGUUGACUAUCCUGGGAUGUCUGAACACGCGGAUAGUUCCUGCUACGACUUUGAUCCUUUCCAAGUGCCCAACUUUGCUGAGUCCUUCAAAUCCCCAACCGCAUUCCCUACUCCCACCUGCUUUUCUCCGGAAUGCACUACGCCAUCUCUCCAAAAUUCCAACUCCUACGAAUCCCCGGAGGCGCCCGACUUUGAUGAUGUGAGUAUUAUCUUGGUAUGCUUAAUACGUAGACACCUUUUGAGCGUAAUAUUGUGUUAACUCUGGGGAAUUAACAGUUUCUUCGUUCCUCUAUCAUUUGAAAAGGGGCAUGACGAUAAACCAAUGGGGACGUCAGUUAAAUUUUACGGUUGUCCUUCCAUGGUGAUAGAUAUCUCGAGGACGAUUAAUUUUCCUAGCCUAUCUUGACCUAUUACGGACAACUUAUAAAAUAAAAUGUGCAGGGCGGACAACCGCGGCUGAUUGAGCUCAAGUUGUAAGCAGUUGUUCCAGACAAUAACGGACUUCAACAAUGUAAUUUUUAUAGUCCACCGCUCAAAACAGGAGUGACGAUCUGUUGGAGUGAAUGAAGUAGUGGACGAAGGCUAAGUGGAUGCGUUGGAUUUCAAAAAAAGGCAGGACGUUCUUCGUAAUUUUCUGCUGUGUCGUAUUUGCUAUAAACAGUGAGGGUUAUAAGGCCAUUUUUCCGUUUAGUUUAUUCUACAUCAUACAGUCGGAAAAAGCUGUUAAAGGGAUAUCGCCAGAGCGUGCUUUAAAUAAUUCGAUUCAGCUCGAAGGUUCUGAAACCGACUUAGUUUCAAAAUUUGCCAUCACGGACAAUUCUCGAAAAACGUAGUGAAAAUAGAUGCUCGCAAGAAAAACUUCUUGAGUGAACAAAGAACUCUUUAAGUUGACAAAUUAAUUGUUACAAAAAACGCCUUGGCAGUAGAGGCACCCAACAAGACGUGUUAGCUGGACGUAUUCAUGCCUAACGUCUGUAUGCAAAGUCUAGUGCCUUUCAUACGCUUGCGAUUUCUUCAGGUUGUUUUAUAGACACUGUUUACACGAAAGCAAGGGGAGUUAACUCGUUUAAGUAUGUGAUUAACACUCAGCAAGUAAGCGUUACUUUCUGCAGAGGAUAAGAAAAACACCAGUUUGUUCUACUGUGGUUGGACGUCUCCUCUUGAAGUGUUCCAAUUUCAUUUAUGGCAUACCGAGUGACGAAGCGACACCUACCAUAUAGCCUGCGGACUAAAAAUUCCGUUGCCUGUUAAUAAGCACUCUGAGAGGAAUAUCUAUGGACUCUUUUUCAUGCUGUAAGAUUGGUAUCGGUCUUACUUCUGGUCUAGGCAGUCAAACUAGAUCACGGUCAGUCUGCUGUACACUGAUUAGAAAUUUCGUUUCCUACUGUCGAGAUUGUUCUUCCAGACUGCACAUUCUCCGAGGCCACUAUAUUUGAAAACACAUUUGAACGGUACUUCCUGGAGAUGCAUUGUAUUUCAUUGUAAAGGGACUGUACAUUUGUCUUGCCGCUCAUGGAGGCGACUCUAGAUAACACCUUCCUGAAGACUCCCGGCGUUUUCGAGUAAAGUCCUUUACCGGACUUGUUGGGUUGUUUGUUUCAUGUACCAUUUUUCCUGUUUUCAACUGAAUGAGGCCCCAUAGGGACAAAGCGGUUUUACUGGCACUGCCCCAAGUCUCCCUCCCCCUUCUGUGUAGACAGUAGCCAUCUUUGUUCUUCCUCAGGCUGACCCGUCCCUUGGGGGGGGGGGCGGUAGGGGUGUGGGGUGAGAUCCCUUCCUGAUUCUGAGGAAAAGUCUACUUUUCACAGGCUUCCGGCCACAGUUGCCCCGGUAGUGACUGAAAAAGCGCAAAAACCAUUUCUAAACGACCUUCAUUUCAUACCGCCUUUUGGAACCAACCGACCUCACUAGUCAUAACCUCCUUGUUGCCUUGACACGAACAUUUCAAGUGAGGGAUUUUGUCUUUCUGCGUGCUGAACACGCUAAAUGUAAAUACGCCCUAUCUCUAGGUGGUUUAAACAAAUCUCUGGUCAUUUUUGAAAAGAAAGCAUAUGUACUUCAUUACCACGAUGAAAUGGUUGGUAGGCUCACGUUUUAACGGAAUGCUAACUGUAUAAUCGAGGGGAUAUACACAGCAGUCCUUUGAACAGGUUCGCCUGUACUGUCGCAUUUUCUGAAGCCGAAUUUAUUUGUAAUGCCCACAGACUGUUCCUUUCAAAGAUCAGGCGACUGAAUUAGUAAGGAAAUUUUUUACAUCAAUACGUUCUUAAUGAACAUGACAGCUUGAAAAAGUUUUUAUAAAAGUAAGUGACGGACUACUCGUCGUGACAAUUUACUUUUAUAUUUACCUAUGGCUGAAGGCUAGGUGUGUUGGAAAUACUCACUAUAGUAAGUCGUAAGUGAAAUUAACGUCGUUUUCAUCAGUCUGUGAGGGACAUAAAACAGGCAGAUAGCAGGCUGUCCUUUACGCUUUUGUCCCGGAGUUUGUUAAAUGAGUCGCUGCGAUAUAAUUAUAAGGUCUCGUUAAAGAAUGAGUCUUUUAUAUGAUGCCCAAUCCUCGUUUCUCGGCUCAGUUGACGCAAACGCCCAGAUUACCCCGGAAAGAGUUCCCAUUUCCGACUGCUCUUUCAGGAAUUUGGAGCGAUCAAACUCGCCAGAUAAAAAUAAUAGACAGCUGUCGUAGUCAGAUACUUCGGCAAGCAAAACACUUGUAAGGCAGUAAGCCUUUGUUGGGUGCCACUUCUUCAUUUACCAUGGCCUCCCUCACCUACGCUUUAAUUAUCAUGAAAAAACACCGGAGUGAUUUAUGCAUUUUCAGCAGUUACGGUCUACCGGUCUCAUUUACUGUGUCGACAGAGAAUAAAUUCAAUUUGAGGAAGCAUAAGAACGCAAGUUAGGCGGCUAGAUAAAUGUGACGCACAUUAACUUCUCCUGCUAUUCUGACUUGCGUACGCACAAACUCUUUUCAGAACUAGAACCUAAUUUUCUUAGGCCUGUUAAGCGGCUCGGAAUAUGAAAGAAAGACUGCACAUAGCCACAAAUAGACUACUUACUGGGAAGGUCCUAGACCGAUCUAGACCAAGUGAAAAAUACAACAAGGCAGACUACAAAUUCCAGUACUCUGGACGCUCAACAAGCAAUUGCUGCAAUAAACUAUUUACUACCAGUAGCCCAAUAAUUGUUCCCAGCAAUGCGAUGCGGAAUUUAAUCGUCAUGCAUAUAGUGCGUGCAGCGCAAAAAGUUGCUCAUAUGAAACAAUAAGUGACGAUCUGCGGCGCUUAUCCGCAGGAAAUAGUGGCGAGAGUACGACCGUCGGGAGCGACGACGUUCACCGCUUACCCCCAGACAGUGGGCGCAUCAUCAGUGACUUACGAAGCACCUACCGCACUCUCUCUCUCUUCCCUCACCAGCCAGGCUCCGAUCGCAAGACGGGAGGGCGGGCUUGGGCGCAGUGGUCGACAAUGCUAAACAGUCCGUCUACGCGUAUCACACACGGCCUCACCUGCCGCGCACUACACCAGAUUUCCACAGAAUGGGGGGUCCGGAUCUCACGUUCAUGAGAGUUUCACGAGAAGCCACUCAGUCUGACUCCCAGUCCUCCAGCCAGUCACCCCAAAUGUACACACCGUACUGACCACGCGGACCGACCUGCCCACGACAUCGCGAUAGAAUUCUAAGGCAGGACGCCGGAGGCAAUUUGUGAAGGGCGCAUGGGACAAAAGGUUCAAGUUUCCAUGAACAUCGACACUUAAUGGUUGAACGUUUGACCGGAUGGGCCGUGACCAAGGUGUCUGGGUUCGGUCGAUGGGUUUUCCCCGUCCGGACCUGGACUACAGUCGGUUGAUAACAGCAAAUAAGACUGCCUCUCCAUGACAGUAACAUAUCUCGAUGAUGAAUUCCACUCUACAUUUUUACGAAGUCAGUGCAUAAUUUGAUCCGGACUUGCCUUGUAAGAAGUAUCUGAUGUGUCAACUUGCUCUCAUGAUCCGGGAAAAAAUAAACAAGAAGAGCAUAAUUUGGUAGCUUUCAAUGUGAGUGGUCCAACGUAGUGUGGUUUUUAAGAAGAGAUUAUUGGUAAUCACUACAUACCAGAUUUCUGCGUGCUCCUGUUGUCUACUUAACUGAUUGUUGUUUUUGCCUAUCAUAUGGAAGCUAGGGCUGUACAGGGGUCCUGUUUUAAGGAUACCAUCUGUAAACCCACUCAUGCGCAGUACAGGUUAGUGGUGAAAUGGUCAAAUUUUCUUGAAUUCGAUGUGGACUCAUCAGCGCGAUGUGAAUGUCAGCCCUUCUCCUACUGGACAAUGUUACUGCCUUAAUGGUGGUAUCAGGCCCAUAGAACCCGUUGUGCAGAACAAAAGGUGGCAAGUCGGGUGUAUCUAUUGAGCCUGCCAAAUGCACAGUGCGUAGAAGGCGUAGCUGCCCAAAAGUUUGAGAGUACACUUUUCUCACAAAAGCGGUUAGUGUUUUCCACCCAGAUUGGAGAGUGAGCUGUGGGAAGCCCUCGUUAAAAGAUUGGUCUGGUAAGGGCUCAGUCAAGUACACUAUUUUAACUCACAGCUGGUGAUUCAGUGAUAUUGUAGAACUUCAACGUCAACGGAAAAGUGCUUUCAUGUGGGCCCAUCCGUCCGGCAGUUUGCACCAUCCGCACACCCGUCUUGCCAGGGGCACAGCACAGACGUACAAAAGGUUUCUAACGCCACACCAAAAGAUCCUACCCGGCGACUUACGUGUUCCAGGGAGGCUGGACUACUUGAUGAAAAACAUUUGUGCCUUUCUCGACUACAAGCAGAGUAAUUAUGGUAAUUGGGUUUUCGAGAAGUGAUAUCUGCAUUCUGGCCACUCUAAAAUGAAACAACAGUUCUCAUGAGAUGGCAGAAGUUCGCUACGCUUGGUGUAAAUGAUAGCGUCUAUGCAACGUACUCUGCUAAUCAAUUGCUCAUUGAGCAGUCCCAAUAAGUUUGAGGAUGCCUACUAAAAUCUAGUCCGCGCGGUCACCCAACAAUAACACUGAUGCCUUAGAUGACAGGACAGGAAAGCACGACGACCCGUUUUCUUAAAGAGGUCGGCUGUUGAACUAGUAACGAUGCACUUUUGCACAUUUUUACACAGAACACAAAAAUGCUGCUAACUUCAGUUAUACUUAAAAACAUGCUUUUACAUUUACGUAAAAUGUAUUGUUCAAGUGAAAUUAUUUUCCGAGAAAACUGAUAAUUCUGCCUCUGUGGAUCCACUAUUUUUCAUCUUAAUUAGCCUAUAAAAUGUGAUCUUGUACUGAAUACAAUUUGCUAUCACUAUUAUCUUCAAGAUUUACUGGCUCGAUAGUCAAAAUUCGGUAAUACAAAUCCACUUUAGUGGCAGUUGUAUGCUGUAAUUUGCGCACUUUGCUGCUUCUCCCGGGACACGUACCAUAAAGCCACAGGGACAGCUUCCCACAAACUCCGCCUGAUUAUGUUUCACGCAUAUAUGGAGAGUUGAAAAGAUGAUAUCGUGUCUCAUUUAAUGGACCCUGAAACUAGCGAUUUGGAAAUAUUCUUGAGCCAGGGCUCCAGUGAUGGUUCUGCUCUAGCUGCUGCUGUUGUUGUUACUGCUAUUGUUCUUGUUAUUGUUGUUGUUGUUGUUGUUGUUGUUGUUGAUGAUGAUGAUGAUGAUGGUGGUGGUGGUGAUGAUGAUGAUGAUGAUGGUGGUGAUGAUGAUGAUGAUGAUGAUGAUGAUGAUGAUGAUGAUGAUGAUGAUGAUGAUGAUGAUGAUGAUGAUGAUGAUGAUGAUGAUGAUGAUGAUGAUGAUGAUGAUGAUGAUGAUGAUGAUGAUGAUGAUGAUGAUGAUGAUGAUGAUGAUGAUGAUGAUAUCAACGACAACGACGACAGCAAAGAUCAUCAAAACGGCGGUGAUGGUGAGCGCGGCGGCGAAGGUGAGGACGCCAGACGUAGUUGGUGCUGAAGGUUAUUUUUGGUGACUACACUCGUGUCCGAUUGGCAGGAAAAAGUGUUUUCACGGCGAGGAUACCAUUACCUACAGGAAGGGUAUUGGCAUUCGUCACGAACAAAGUUAUUGUACAAAAUUUCCUCACUAGUUUAUGCUUUCUGAAAGCAGUAGUCAAGUGUCUACCCCGUCAGCUCACUCCACGAAGGUGAUAUUUAUCCACUAAAGUCACAACCAUGCGUCGUUUGUCUUGCAUGCACGCUGUGUCACUUGCUACUCGAGGUCUGAUUACCGCCAGUUGCACUUCGUAGAAACAGCGUUUCUCUGAUUGUAUACUUUAUUUUUACCUCAUGAGCGAGUUAUACGUACUGAAACCAGUAGGUCUCGAACGAUGUGUUUGAACAUUAAGUCUAUGAGUGCAAAGUUAGUCAGUAGAAGCUUUAACGAAACCUCAGUUCCGAAGUAGGGAUUAAGAGCCUAUCCAAGCACACACAAUUCCUCAGUGUUUGUGUCUUACCACAGUCCACACUUUAAACAAGUCGACGGAUAAGAAGACACUUUUUCCAUACUUCGCAAACUGAAAUGCCAGUAGUACUCCUUAGCCAGUCUUCUCCUGCGAGAUUAGUUACUGGUGAAGGGUGAUGCGAUAACUUCCUGAGAACGAUUUCCAUGUGCUGCAUGGGGGGCUUAAUGCUGUCAGUCAUCAUGAACUCACUUUUAUUUUGACAAAAGACCAAUUCUGUUUGAUGCGAUCAACUCUCGAAUGGCUACCAAAACCAAAUAUUUCAACCCGUUCAUGAAGUCAUUUGUCCACGUUAAACAGUUUAACUCGCCCCUUGGAGAUAAAUAUUAAAACACACACCGAAUCCAAGCGUCUGUGCGUUUGUGGAAUUUCCUGGUUGAUUCCCCACACAUCUUUCGUUCAAGCAUUUUGGAUAUUGCCUCGGACAGUUAGGUGAGUGGGAGAUGGAUAGUGACAGAUUGGCUCUUUGCGAUUGUUAAAUGUAUCUAUCAAAGUCGAACAAAACGUGUGAAAUCGGGAGUUUGCUGCUUGGCUCUGUAUAACAGACGUUAUCUGCUAUAUUAGCGUCCGGUAGCUCGUUCACCGAGAUCAACGAGAGCCACUUCCAAAUAAGGAAGCAACGGUGACUUGCGGACGGAGGAAAGUCCCACAGCAGCUAUCUCAAUCAUUCUUUCCAAACAGACCGUGUUUCAAUGGCAAAACACGGAGACGAGAUUAGGCACAGCCUCUGGACAGGCCUUCUUUUCCUUCUGGGUGUGCAACGCACGUACUGGCUUCUGUGCUUCCAUGAACCCGACUUCAACGUGCCACAUCUCACUUAAGUGAAAAGGACCAGGGGGGAGGGGAGGGGGAGGCUACUGCAGCCUGACACCCUUUCCGGGUAAGAACUGCGUAUCUGCCAACAUCCAAGUCACGACUUUCAGCUUGUGCUAGUUUAACAGUACCUCAGACGAGGAAAACAAGCACUGGAUGGUCGUGGAAAGAUUUAGCACAGGGUUCUACUCACCAUCUCUCCCCAUUGGCAUCUUGGGCUGUUGGUCAGUUUAAGUCCGGCGAGUGGAGAUGAAAAAGGACGCAGUGGCCGAUGUCACAUCAAGCCUCCGUCUAACGCAUGUCACACGCCCGUACGGAUAUAGUUUAUAUUAAAGGCAAACACGGCGUAGCCAGUUUUGGAGGCUCGGCAGUUCGACCGUCGUUGCCGACGAUGUUCACCGCGUGCUCCACGGCAAGGUGAGAGCAGACACAGUGACUUGUGCAUGAAUUAGUUUGUAGUGAUAGUAGACUUGCGCAGCAUCUACCGUAACCUCUCUUCCUUACCCGCCUGAGCUCGGUGUCAAGACGUAGUCAAGAAGACCGAAAGCGGGAGAGGAUGCAGGCGAUUGGCACAACCAGACCCGCACCUAGGCGUACCAUCGCACCCCUGGUCCACCACAAACACUUGACCAGGGUCAGGAAGAGAAGGGUGACACAGGUCACUGGGCGACCAUUGCACGACCUGUAUACCGACAAGGAACCAAGUACCAGAGAACUGCCGGCGCAUACCAGGCCGUGAGGGCCAUGGUUUGCUGAAUCAUGGCGUAGCAGACGCACACAGCCCUUAAAGCCCAGAGGAGCGAGACGCAGCUCUGCAUUUAGCCUGGGCCAUCGCCCACUGCUCUGAGAAAUCCCAGUGCUGUCUUAGGUGUCUCUGCGGUAAGUAACCUCGUAGGACUGCAUUCUGCAAUAUGGGAGGUUUGCUAGGUUUGUUUGAUAGCCAGGCGAUAAUGGGUCAACAUUUAGGUCGGCCAUAUACCUUGUAACUUUUGCAUCAUGAAUAAAAGACAAACGACUAACUGAUCUUGUAAAUGGUCUGUGACUUACGGACUCCUGAGGAUCGCGAGGUUUUACCCUUUUACGAGUUUCUCAAAUUUUUGGACGUUCUUCUACAAGAUAAAGCGUUUCAGGGAUUUUCAGUGCAGCCAAUACAGCCGUGGGGGUGAUGCGACGAAAUUGUAAAUAAGUUAUUUAAGUCAGCGUCAUCUUACAAAUCUGUGAUGCUGUCAUUAGCCUUGACAGCUCACUAGGGGUCUACUAGAUGGCCAAAUUAUCAGCUUUUGCCUAAAGCAGAGCUCUGCGCCAUUUGUAAAAUGCUUAUUAUAAACAACUCUGUCCUCUACCAUAUUCGUGGUACAUAUACAUGCGUAUUGGAAAACAGGCAUCCCAAGAAAUUUAAUUAGAAAUAGGUAUGAUUCUUUGGGAAAAAAUAACCUUUGUUGCGUAAAUUUUCGAGACUGGUUCCCCAAUUCGUCGUAAGACUUUUGGGUUAUGUACAUUGGAGCGGGCUUCAGCCAACCACAGAAUCACUUGUUCGAUACGGUUAAAUAGUUAACUGUUAUUGUCUAUAACUCAGAAGUCUGAUGACGAGCUGAGAACCAGUCUCGAAAAUUUACGCAAUAAAAGUUAUUUUGUUCUCAAAGAAUCUUAAUUAUUUCCAAUAUACAUAUGUCCAGUUUGAGGGUUUUAUAGUGAAAAAUGCACAUGCCAGGAUCUCAGGGAUGGAGAUUCACAUCGAGAGCAUGCAUACUGUUUGAGUUUUGGGUCCACUAGAAAAUGCCUCUGCUGCGGUUGGAACCGUUAACGCGGAAACCGCAAAUCCCGCUGCUGGGGCUUUUCUGAAGAAGUCUACACAACUCUCGUUCCAAACAACUCAAACAACUCACUCAGCUCACUAGACGACUGAAGUUUUCAGGAUAGUGAGAAUCGGCAGGUGAACGAUAGUGUUGUGCCGAGAUAGAGGUAGUGGAGCACAAGCCACCCCUCUUCACACCCCUGCCCGUUUGUGGGUCUUUCAACCCGUAAAGGUAUUAAUCGACAGUGUUACAGUAGUAUCAAUUACGAUUGUCUGUCGGUCGUUUUAGUUAUUUACACUCUCCUGGGUGGGUUAGGAUUCCCCAAGAGGUUAAGGUUCAUUAAUGGCGAAACCUGCAAUUCACAGUACACUCAUAACAACUAACAGCAUAUGAAAUACACCAAGACGAAAUACCAAACCGGACUUAUCCUUAUAUCCCUAUUCUGUACGCCCGAAAGUUCGGUACAUGCCUGAUGCCAGUAUCGGAACACACGUCGGAUAUAUAGUACCCUGGAGUAUAAUGCCCAGAUUUCGGCACAAACUUGUGAAGGAAUUAUUAGAAACAAUUUGUUAGGUCUCGAAGCGAUUAAGCUGAUAAUAUUGGGUUAGAGCAUGAAAACGGUUGGUUGUCGGAGUGUUCGAGAGUUCAAAAAUUAUACCAGACUAUUAGAGAACACGCAACCUCGGUACCUCUUGACACCACAACUCCCGAGGUACAGUAAACCUUUUGAACAGGUCACAAAACUAAGCGUGUUUAACGGCACAACUUAGAACAUUUUAAAUAGCUAGUCACAUGCUCACUGGGAUGAUCUCUACAUGAAGGCUAAAUUUAAACAAGGCUAUGCACUGUUGCUGCUGUAAAAAUGAACUUAAGAUACCGUUUUAAUGCUGGUUAGGAAGGUCACGCAACCGGAAUUUUAUUUUGCUGGCCGAUUACGGAGGCAACUCAGAUAUCAGACAUAUUAUCAGAAUGUUGGGAUUAACCCAGGUACACGUGAACUACUUCUAGGGCCGUAUUUGUCCAAGAACAGCAGAGCCUUGUCAAAUGCUCGCAUAUUCCUUCAGUGAUUCAAGCAGUUUCUGAAUCAACUGCACCCACAUAUUGCUCAUAAGGGAUUUCUGGGAGAUGACUGAGUGACAUGCAGUGAUUUAUCCUGGUUCCUAGGAGUCCUGGUUCUAAGGCCUCACUGGUAAUAACGUAGUAAAUAAUAAGCAACAAUCCAUGUGUACGGUCAUCAAAGAUGGGCGCGGCCAUUACCAUCCUCGCUGGCCUACUCUUUGUCACUGGCCAGUCAUACCCCAAGCCCAGAUAAGCACCGUAACUUGUGUGUCAAACACUACCAGCUGAGCUACGGGCCCGCGUCCUGUCGAUGGCAAUCAGGAGUGACGUUCACCUAUUCAUCCGGAGUUUUUAUAGCAUGUGAAGUCUUGAACAGACGAUAGGUAAAUUUUUAAUUUUGCUAAUAAGGGGACCUGGAUGGGCUAGCAUCUAGUUAUACCAAAUCGCAGCCACCUUCGCUUGCAGCCCAUUUUUUAUGCUUAUACAUGCACAGGUCUCAAACAAUUCUGUCGAAGUCUAGAAAACUCCCAAAGUUACAAACAACUAGUUUACAUGGAUCCAUUGAUUAAAGUCGUUAGAACAGUUCCGGUCACAUGGUAAACGCUGAAAGGACUUUAUCUUGCUGUAUUUCUCAUUAACUCAAAGCCGAACCUUGAGUACCGCUAAAAAACCCCAGGUCGACAUAAUUCACCCAACUCUAUGCUCGAAGAUAUCAGGAGGAAACCUACCGCGAUUUCUCAAAUAAUUCAGACGAGUUAAAAGCUGGAGAUAUCGACGCUAAUUCCGGUUCUGGCAUGGUAGCUUGUUCGAACGAAAGAUUUCAGGGCAAAUACGACAGUGGAUUUCGGUUAAUUGGGUGGUAGCUUAAUAGGACCACAGUUCGCCUAGACGCUGUUGGUAAUUGUCCCAAGUCAGAAAGUAAAAAGACAAGGCCCGUUUUUCACACAGGUGAGUUGGUGGUCUGCUUGUCGGAAAUUAAGGGGACUGGUUAGCACCGACCUGAAACCUGAGCAGCAGUUCACAAGAAUUAGGAAGCACGCUAGCGAGAAGCUGACGCUGGUGGCGACGCGUAAUUGGGCAGAACAGCCCGGAGACAUAAAGCAGCUAAAGCGGGGGGGGGGGAUUUUACGGUGGCGGGCGGUUAAAGGGACGAAGGAAUCAGUUUUGAGUCUUACCAACUAGGUAGGUGUCGGCCCAUUAGGCCCAGCUAACGUCUGUCGGUCUGGUCGCGCACACGCGCCACUCGCUAACAUGCAACCAAAAUGUCAAGGAGCAAUUUAACAUCAGCUGACAAAAUUGCUUUACCGGAUCAAGUGGUGAAUCAACCUUUGAGCAUUAUUUAGUGCCAGGUGUCGGAGGUUAAGGAUUUUUCUGGGUGUCAUCUCCCAUUUGUUACCAAAAUCGAUGCGCCAGAGUUUACAAUCACAUAUGGGAGUGAGACGUCAGGGCGAAUUUCGAGGGGGAUGAGCUUUGGUCGAAAGGCUUAAGGGAGCAUUCUAAAAAGGCCAACGUGAGGCGGAAGGACUCAAUUGUUGAGGGAUAAUAAUUCUCUACGGAGAAACAAGCAGACUGCCUUGUUGAUCAAAAACGUAUUGUUUGGAUGUAGACAGCAACAUCGGAAUAUACUGUAUUGUCUGAUUAUAGCAUUUUAACAACCGUACGUCUUCUCUCCAGCCGAACAUAAUGACCCCGGUAGUCUCACGCUAAGCACAAUUUAAUGAGUUUGAGACAGGACCAGGAAGAAUCAAAGACCUUUCCAAACGGCUGAUAUCGAUUCCCCGGUCCCGUUCCCUCUAAGCGAGGUUUCUACUGUUAUGUACUGAAAUACAUUAAUCUAGUUGGAUGUCCCGACAAACCGUUACUUUGACUGAAUACGCGUCCGCGCUAAAAUGAUCGGGGGAGGGGGGGAUAGGAGGAAAGACACAACGGAUGCCUUGUGAGUCACUGCGCACGCGUUGCAUUCACCACUUAUUUAGGACGUCGGCAAACCACCGAACGCCGCUGUGGUUGCUGGGAGAACAGACGUCCACUUCCGCGCAGGGUGUUGCCACCCCCGUUCCCUCCUUACCCCCACCACCUUCUACAUCCUCUUUCCUGACCUACUUAGCUUCCUUUCUUUGGAAGUGCUCACGCACGCGUGCUCAUGUCAGCGGAGCGUUAUGUCAUGUGUGUUUGUGUGUACGUGUGCAUGUACUUCACAAAGGAAGAGCAAAAGUGCACAGGAGGAGUGCGUCUUGGACGCGCGCGCGCCCUCAAAACACACACACACACAUACACAGACAAACGUGUUGCCUUUUUCCUCUUGCUCUCUGACCUCCGCUUCCAUCACUUCAGGUUGCCUCUGGCGACGCGUAUGCUUGUUGCGGAUGCGGGGGAAGACGGCGUCUUCUCAGCUUUGUACACGGACAUUGGCGGCAAGGGGCUAUGGCGGCCCGUCGACGCCCUUAAAUUCAUCACCGGCGUUGCGUGA